UCCUCCUCCUCCUCUCAGGCUGUGGUUUUUCUGUAUAUGUUUCUGGAGUCCUGAGCCUGAGCUAAACAAAAGCAGGAGGCUGACGGGGCUGCUGGAGUUUGCAGAGACACGGAGGAGGAGAGAGCCUGUGCUCUGCCUCGCCGCCGCGGCUGGGGGAGAUCUGGCUUUUGCAACAGCCCACCCCCUUUGAGAUCACUCUGGCCCGGAGUGGGGGUGGGGGGCAGCGGGGGGUGGGGGGGAAAGUUUGCAUUGCAAUCCCCCUGCCUUCCUCUCCUUUCUCCCGAUCAAUGCAUAUUUGCAAAAGGAUUAAGCCACAGAUUUAAGCGCCGGGAGCCCAUUUCUGCCUUGCAAAGGAGACCGGACUGAAAAGCCAAAAGCCAGCUCUGAUUUCUUUUCGUCAAGUAGGAAGGUGGUUUAUUUUUCUUGCUUUUUGGAGUCAACACCCUUCCCCACCAGCCCUUAUCCCCACCCUCACCCCGCAACCCCUUCACGCCCCCCUCCCCCUCCCCACUCCCCAUCCUCCCACCAUCCUCUGAAGAGGCAAAGGGAUUUUUUUUUUUUUUUUCUUUUGGUCUUCUUUUUUCCCCCUUCCCUGUUUAUCCUGAAAAGGAUUUGAAGACAGCUUGAAGGAUAAAAAGCCUUGGUGCUUCCCAGGAGCCGAGCCGAGGAGCAGAAGAGGAAGAGCCGGGGGCUGCCGUUGCCUUUGGAGAUGGACGAGCAGCCCAGGCUGAUGCAUUCCCAUGCUGGGGUCGGGAUGGCCGGACACCCCGGCCUGUCCCAGCACUUGCAGGAUGGGGCCGGAGGGACCGAGGGGGAGGGCGGGAGGAAGCAGGACAUUGGAGACAUUUUACAGCAAAUUAUGACCAUCACAGACCAGAGUUUGGAUGAGGCGCAGGCCAGAAAACAUGCUUUAAACUGCCACAGAAUGAAGCCUGCCUUGUUUAAUGUGUUGUGUGAAAUCAAAGAAAAAACAGUUUUGAGUAUCCGGGGAGCCCAGGAAGAGGAGCCAACAGACCCCCAGCUGAUGCGACUGGACAACAUGCUGCUGGCAGAGGGGGUGGCGGGGCCGGAGAAGGGUGGCGGCUCGGCCGCGGCGGCUGCAGCGGCGGCAGCUUCUGGAGGGGCCGGUUCCGACAACUCCGUGGAGCAUUCCGAUUACAGAGCCAAACUCUCACAGAUCAGACAAAUCUACCACACGGAGCUGGAGAAAUACGAGCAGGCGUGUAACGAGUUCACCACCCACGUGAUGAAUCUCCUGCGAGAGCAAAGCCGGACCAGGCCCAUCUCCCCGAAGGAGAUCGAGCGGAUGGUCAGUAUCAUCCACCGCAAGUUCAGCUCCAUCCAGAUGCAGCUCAAGCAGAGCACGUGUGAGGCCGUCAUGAUCCUGCGUUCCCGGUUUUUGGAUGCGCGGCGGAAGAGACGGAAUUUCAACAAGCAAGCGACAGAAAUCCUGAAUGAAUAUUUCUAUUCCCAUCUCAGCAACCCUUACCCCAGUGAGGAAGCCAAAGAGGAGCUAGCCAAGAAGUGUGGCAUCACAGUGUCCCAGGUAUCAAACUGGUUUGGAAAUAAACGAAUCCGGUACAAGAAGAACAUAGGUAAAUUUCAAGAGGAAGCCAAUAUUUAUGCUGCCAAAACAGCUGUCACUGCUACCAAUGUGUCAGCCCAUGGAAGCCAAGCUAACUCACCCUCAACUCCCAACUCAGCUGGUUCUUCCAGUUCUUUUAACAUGUCAAACUCUGGAGAUUUGUUCAUGAGCGUGCAGUCACUCAAUGGGGAUUCUUACCAAGGGGCCCAGGUUGGAGCCAACGUGCAAUCACAGGUGGAUACCCUUCGCCAUGUUAUCAGCCAGACAGGAGGAUACAGUGACGGACUCGCAGCCAGUCAGAUGUACAGUCCGCAGGGCAUCAGUGCUAAUGGAGGUUGGCAGGAUGCUACUACCCCUUCAUCAGUGACCUCCCCUACAGAAGGCCCUGGCAGUGUUCACUCUGAUACCUCCAACUGAUCUCCCAGCAGUCGCAUCCCGGCUGACCCUGUGCUCCAGUCGGGGCAGGGCCAGGAGGGAGGGUUUCUCAACGCUGAAGCGGUCAGACUGGAGGUCGAAGCAAUCAGCAAACACAAUAAGAGUCUCCUUCUCUUCUCUUCUUUGGGAUGCUAUUUCAGCCAAUCUGGACACUUCUUUAUACUCUCUUCCCUUUUUUUUUUUUCUGGGUAGAAACCACCCUUCCCUGCCUCCAGCUGUCAGCCUGAUGUCCGUCAUCUUCCCCGCCCCCUUCCCUCUGUCCUAGACUCCCUGGGUCCCUGCCCUCUAUGACAUCCCUGAAGGAUGUUUGAAACAAUUAGAGGAAUUUAAAGAGGAAAAAAACACAAAGAAAAUAAUAAAAACAUUUGUAUGUUUUCAUGCUGGUGGUUUGAGGAGCCAAAUUUACCUCCCUCGGAUCCCCUGCUCCCUCUGUUAACAGGCAGUCCUUCUCUGCUUCUCUUGUUACUCUCACUACCUCUUAGCAGGCAUACGCCACGUUGCCCUACUCAUUUCAGGCCGCCCUGCCUCCUCUUGCUCUUCCCUGCCUGGGGGCGAUUCUGAUUAGAACACAGUUCCUCCUCUUGCUUCUCAGCCCCAGGUAUUCACUGGGGCUGUCAUUGCUGGGCUUCUAAAAGUGCCACAGUUUCUGGUGUCCCCUCCGCUGGGUGGAUUCCCAGGCAGGAAGUCAGGCAGCAAGAGAGGGCUCAAGGAUUCUUAGAGGCUUUUGCAUCUUCCCGAUAAUAGCUCUUGGUUUCAGAGGCACGGUCUUUGGAGACCAUGCAGUAAGCGAUGUUCAGAACCUGCUGCAGAACCAGGUGUGAGUUAGGCAUGGUGGUAAAUGCAUCACUGAGGAGGAGAAGGUUCUUAUCCUGCAAGCCUUCGCCUAGUCCCUCUCUCCUUUCCUCUCUCUCUCUCUCUCUGUCUGUCUGUCUCUCUCUCUCACACACACACAUACAUGUAGACACGUGUACAGCCUCACACAUUCACUUGCCCCAAAUCAGUCCCAUGCCACAUACGAAUACCUGUGUUAGUAACUAUAGCAUUACGCCUUGUGAGCCCAAGAGAGGGAAUUAAGAGCUCUGAGUGAAGGUCACUGAUACAGAGAAGCGGUAUGUGCCGGGGCUUCCAGGCCCCCAGCGUGCACACACCAGAACGACACACACAGGACUUGAUCACGAUGAAGGCCAGGUUUCCAGUGUAAACUGACCCUGUUCUCGCCACCUCUGGAGCUCUCAGGGAGCCACACACAGUACUUACAAUGUCUACAGUGGAUUUGAUUCUGUUUUGUUUCUGUGUGUACGUUAGGGACAUUGCGUUAAGUAUCCGAAGUGUUAAUACGGCACCAUUCUUGUCCUGGAGGAGAAAGUUGUAUAAGAACAUGGCUCGGGCAAACUUUUUGCUUGCUUACCUUGAAGACCCGAGAGUGAUGGGGACCAGGGAGGUCAUGCUUUCAGUGAAAUCACCUGCGGUUUCUAUUUCCUGGGAAUAUCUGAGGGUGAAGAGUAGGUACUAGAGAGCUGUUCUCUAAUGUCACCUGAGCUCACAUUCUUCAUAGCCAGCUGUGCCAGCAAUGAAGAUGGCAGCUCUGUCACUUGAUUAAGUGAGAGAUGGUCAGAUCUCUUGAUGAAUCCUUUUCUUCAUCUGUAAAAUGGGGGUUAUUAUGCCUGGUUCACCAAGAGGCUUGUGAGGGACUGAAGAAAUCGAUUUCAUUCAUGUCCAAUCUGUAAUUGUGAAGUGAGAGGAAGUAGCAUCCCUAAGAUAAACUGGUUUGUGUCACGUAGGGACAAUAAAUGGUUUUCCAGUCCUAACUUCUGGUUAACAUUGGUACCCUCAGGUCAUCACCAUGAUGACAAAGAGAAGGGUUAGUGUUGUUGGUUCUGUUUGUUUUGGUCUGCUUGGUUUCUUAGAAUAGUGCUAAGUUUCUAAAUUGGAAAAAAUGGGACCUGGUUCUCUUAGCUUUUACUUGAAUCCGAUAUGUGGCCUUGUAAGUACUUAGUCCCCUGUCACAUCUACUCUGUUUGAGAGGCCUCUGGGAGAGGUAUGAGACCCUGAGGCGUGAGGGUGGCCAGCUAACAAGGUCAUGGACAUUCUGCGUGACAGUACGGUAAGGCUUAGAAAAUGUUCCUGUGUGUGGGUGUUGGGAGGUGGGGGGUUAACCUAAGGAACUGGAAGGUGUAUGUAUUUGAAGGAAAAUGCAAAAGGUAAAUAUUUGGCAAGAUGGCAGUUUGCCCGGAUGACGGAGAGCGGUGGAAAGACUGUCUUCUAACCUGUGCCAUGAUCAGAGCAGAGCUUGAUAAAGAGGAUGCCUGGAAGUAGCCAUCUUGUGACUAUUCCCCAGUGAUGAGAACCAGUGGAGAACUUUGUCUGAGUGGCAGGGGUUUGUUGAAACUACCCACACAGGCAUAUGGUGGGAUUGCAUCCCUCUGAUUAGGGGCAAAGUACAAGAGAGACACGAAAGGGUUCUCUUGGGAACAGGAAGAAUGAUUCUAGAUUUGGGUUGAAUGAUUGCCAUUUUAAGUUGAUGAAAGAGAUCAGAGCGGUGCUCCCUUUGCACAGGCAGUUUCCCUCCCUGCAGGAAUUUGCACGGAUGAUCGUCUCUCACAGCAUCUCCCCCCACCCCCCCGCCCAGCACUUCACGCAGUGCUCUUUGCAUCCAGUACCUUUCCCACGACCUCCCCUCCUCGCCCACGAUCACGUCCAACAGGGUGGCCACCAGACCUCUUUGCAUUAAGCGAAGCAUGAGAAUACUGGCAGUGGAAGGAUGGGGAUGGAAAGAGCGUGCCUCUGGAAAUACAGCUCCCUGGGAAUUCGUAUGACGGCAAUCCUACAGAUACCAAAACGUGCCCCAAGACUCCUUCAUUUUCUGAUGGAAGUGGGAGCGCUCUGUUUUCCCCGGCAGAAGAUUUCCCCUGAGAAAUGCUACUAGCCCUAGGGUUUGCCCACCUUGUAACUCUUCACCAUAUCCUCCUUUUCAUCCCUAACUCCUCUCCCUGGGCGUGGAAUUAACUCCCGUGCAGUACUUUUGCCAAGUGGCACCUUCUUUACAUUUAUUUUUUUAUUUUGCUGUGGUGGUGGUUCUUUAUUUACUGGUUGCCUUUUCUCUAACAGAUCUUUCCCCGCGCGCGCCCCCCUUGCCCCCGUUCCUUCCGAGUUUUAUUUUUCUGCCCAGAAAAACCUGACUUCGAUACCAAAAAAAGAUGAAACUACAGAAACUCAAAUUUAAAAAAAAAACACUUAAAAAAAAACCACAAAAAAAUACUCAAUGAUUCUUUCAGCUUUAUUAACAUUUUCCAUUGUUUCUUGCGACUUGUGUCUCGUUCUUUGUAGUAUUGAUGAUGAACAUUUGAGAAUGUUCUUGUAUAUUCAGAGAAAGAAAAAAACCAAAAAAGCGGUCUGAAUUUCAUAGUGUUUAUAAUAAAAAUUUUAAAAAUGACCCUCAUAGCACGCAAAACAGGAUGGGGAACUUCCCCUCUUCUUUCUGUGACAAUGCACAUCAUUCCUGCAUUCGUUUUUUAACACCGAACGACCUACAUUCACCAUUGGCCCCAUGUUCCUUUUAUUUUCUUGCAUUUGUGAAUUAGUUCAAGAAUGCUAGAAAAGUGUCGAGUUGUGCACAUCCAUUUCCUGUUUCACGAUGUUUAAAAGUGACAGUAAUUCAUUUUGUAAACUAAAAAAAAAAAAAAAAAAAAAAGAGGUUGGAAUAGU